AUGGGUGAUAAGAUAUACACAGGUGAAGGAGGGAUUGGCCACAUCGAUGAAGAAAAGGCGGGUAGUUCUAGCGGUGGUGGCUUCCUCUCAAAUAUACAAGCACGCUAUGCCAAGGUGGACCCAUCGAGUUAUUUACGGCGACCCGAUGAAACAGGCCGACAAUAUUGGUCAAGACGCUUGAUUUCACUCAAGCCAUAUGAGCUGCUGGCAGCCGAGUACGCAAAUACGGAGCUCAGAAAAUACUUGAAUGCCUUUCAACUUGUAUUUCUUGGUAUUGGUGCCAUUAUUGGAACAGGUAUCUUUGUAUUAUCGGGUCAAGCAGCAGCCCAAAACGCUGGCCCUGCUGUUACUGUAUCUUUCAUUGUCGCCGCAAUUGCUUCAGGAUUUGCGGCUAUGAGUUAUUCUGAGCUCGCAUCUAUGAUCCCCGUGUCUGGUUCAGCAUACACGUAUGCGUAUGCUACCAUGGGCGAGUUUAUGGCUUGGACUUUGGGUUGGGAUCUUGUACUAGAAUACAUGAUUGGCUCAGCAACAGUCGGCGUGGGUUGGUCUGGUUACUUUAAGACCUUUUUCGAGGUUGCAUUCAACGUACAUUUUGGAGACAGCUGGACAACACCGCCUAUAUACUGGAACGAAGAUCCUGCAUACAUCGCUUAUAGCGAAGGAAGCUAUUUCAAUGUCCCUGGAUUCGUAAUCAUCUUACUCGUCACCAUUUUGCUUUGUGUCGGUAUUCGUCAAGCUUCGUGGGUCAAUACCGUUAUUGUCAUCAUCAAGCUGCUUGUAGUGUUUAUCUUUAUCUUUGCAUUAUGUGGGUUCGUUGAUACCGGCAACUACGAUCCCUAUGUCCCUCCCAACACUUCUGGCAAUUGGCACUUUUUUGGUACCCCAGGCAUUUUUGCAGCAGCAUCCACCGUAUUUUUCUCGUACAUUGGUUUUGACUCCGUGACAACCGCUGCCAUGGAAGCCAAGAACCCACGUCGUGACCUACCUAUUGGUAUCAUGGGAAGUUUGGUUGUGACGACACUCAUGUACAUUGGCUUUUGUACCGUGAUGACAGGCGCUGUGCAUUACUCUGAAUUAAAUCACCCUGCUCCUCCCACCAUUGCCAUCCUUGCUGUGGAAGAACGUACGGGUCGUUCGUUUAAAUGGUUGAACAUUGUCGUCGCUCUUGGUGCCCUUGCAGGCUUAACAUCCGUGUUACUGGUACAAAUGCUUGCACAAGCACGUGUGUUUUACUCUAUGGCCAAGGAUGGCUUACUGCCCCAAAUCUUUACCAAAGUCCAUCCAAAAUUCAAAACUCCCUAUGUUGCUACCAUUAUUGUCGGCCUUAUUACAUCCAUCCUCUCUGCCUUGCUCCCUGUUGAUCUCCUUGGCAACAUGACAUCCGUUGGCACGCUGUUUGCUUUCUUCAUUGUCCAUUGUGGUGUUGUGGUGUUGCGUAUCACACGUCCCGAUGUGGAUCGUUGGUUCAAAAUCCCUGGUCCCAGUUAUACAUGGAUUGUAUUCCCUUUCAUUGGUGGUGCCAUUUGCAUUUUACUUAUCGCUGUCGCUGAAGUUUCUACCAUUUGGCGUCUCUUUGUCUGGAUGGGUAUUGGAUGGAUCAUUUAUUUCAGCUACGGCAUCCGCAAAUCAAGACUACACAGAGAUCCCAUCGGCCGCUUUGCUGAAGUGCAUGCUCAACAACUUGACACUAAGGAAGAACCUGAAUACGCUGUUCAGGAUUAUGACUAUCCAAGUCGAACGUAA